AUGGCGGACAGUGCGCCUGCGACGUCCGCGCUUCGGCAGACCGCCGUCGGGCAGCACCCUAUCGGCAUGCGUCGAGUUCUAGCGCGUCCAGGGCUGGAGCCCGUAUCGACGCCGCUGCCAUUACUGCCUAUCUCCUUUAUCACACUUUUAUUGUUAGCAUACCCAUUGAGCUUUCCUAUAAGCGCCUAUGCAGUUCAAGAUAUGCAGCGGUAUAUUGUAUGUAAAAAUCUAGAGUCGCAACUCUGUGUUACGUGGUUAUUUCAUUUAGAAAAUGAAAAGGAUUUAAGUAAUGAAUUAUAUUCAUGGAGUAAAUCAAAUCAAUUUUGUGGUCUCAGCGAUUUAAAACUAAUUUCACCCCACCGAAAAUUUAUUUUGGUAAAGCCAUUUAAUAGAAAGUUAAACUCUAGAUCUAGACCCAUAUUCUGCAAUAGAUUGAAGAUUUUGACUAAAGACAUAUUCCAUUUGGCUGAUGACUCUAGUAUGUUGCGAAGUGUAUAUAGAGAACGACGGCAGACAGGGUACAACCCAAGGGGUCGGUAUAGAGGACAAACCCAAUCACAGUAUCUAGCGAUAGAUGGCGGUAAUGAAAAAAACGAAGGCAAAGCAGAGGCACAUUCUGCUGCAGAUUCUUCAAGUGCUAGCGUUAGUGGCAACAGCGGCAUGGGGCAAGCCCAAAGUCAAACUAUAUACGAUCCUAGUUGUGAUGAAUGUUAUGGUCGCACUGACUCUGGCAAUGUGGCAAAUUUAAGUCGAAGGCCUGGAGAAACAGGUGGAAAUGGAGUAACAUCACAGGGUCUAACGCCUGGUAGAAACAUAGUGUCUUCUAACCAAGGAGUUCCAGAUAACAACUUUAUUCCCAAACAAUAUGGAAAUCAAGGGAACUUACCUGAUAACAGUCAUGGUAUACAAACUCAACCAAGAUACAAUAUGAAUGGACAUAAUCAAGGAAGUAACCAAGGCGGUGCACCAGUUAAUGCUUACACUCCUAAUCAAGUCAUACCUGGACCAGGUGGAACGUACCAAACAAAUUAUCAUCAUGCAGGACAAGAGGGUGUUCAAGGAGGAAUACCUGGGGGUGAUUUUCAUGGAGGUAUACGUGGGGUUUUACCUAGUGAUGGGUCCCAAAUUGGUCAACCUGGACGUAGUUUGCAAGGUGGUCCUGGAACAAUUUCACAAGGUCAAUUACCUGUUGGGGAAAGAGAAAGAAAUGGAAGUGGUGUUCAAGGACAAAUUCCACAAUCUCAACCCGGGUCUAUUUCUCAAGAAGGAUUACCAAUAGGGACACCGCAAGCGAUAACCCCUGGAGGAUCUGACACUCGAGGACAGCCUGGAGUAACAUCACAUGGAGCGGCACCUGGUACGAUCUUACAAGGGGGGCAACCAGGUAUUAAUGCUAGAGUUGGGCCUGAUUUCAUGCCUGGAGUAAAUUUACCAAAUACAUUCCAAAACGGUGAACAUACUCAAUUUCCACAAACUUCCGGAGGCUAUGUACCAGGUCGUUCUUCAAUACCCAGUGGUAAUGGAAAGGUACCUAUAAAUUCAAACUGGCCACUAACUUCCGGUCCUAUACAAGGAAGUGACGGUUCAAUCUACUAUUGUUGCGUAGUUAAUCCUAACUAUAGCUCAGGAGGUUAUAAUAUACAACCAAAUGGUCAAAUUGAUCAACAGAGAUCAUAUGAUUCUCGUCUGAAGCCAUACAAUACUGGAAAUAAUGGCGUGGGUUCCUAUGGAACAGAUAUUUAUGGUACUGGUAAACAAAAUGUCAAUGGACCAUAUGGAACUGGAUCAACCGGGCAACAAUUACCUUAUGGAGGUACGAGAGAGCAGACACCUUUUGAUACUGGUACCACAAGGCAGCAAGUGCCAUAUGGAACUAGUCUUACAAGACAACAGACACCAUAUGGAACUGACUCCACAGGACAGCAGUCACCAUAUGGAACAGGCACACCAGGACAUCAACCAACAUAUGGCACUGGUACUAUAGAAUCACAAACACCAUAUGGACAUGGGCAUACAUCACAACAAAUACCAUAUGCGACUGGUACUACAGGACAGCAAAUUCCGUAUGGGACUGGAGGAACUGGACAACACACACCAUACGGAACGGGAAUGACAGGUCAAUCAACACCGUAUGGAACUGGUAACAUAGGACAACAAACGCCGUAUAGAACCGGCACUACAGGACAACAUGUACCAUAUGGAACUGGUAGUUCAGGACAACAAAUUCCAUAUGGAGGUGGUGAUACCAGGCAGGAAAUUCCACAUGGAACGGAUACAAUGGUUCAGCAGACACCAUACGGAGUAAGCACUACAGGACAGCAAACACCAUAUGGAACUGCUACGGGUUCACAAAUACCAUAUGCAACGAGACCGCUGACAGGGCAACAAAUACCAUAUGGAACUGGCGCAACGGGACAACAAACGCCAUAUGGAAAUGGUGGUACUGGAGAGCAAACACCGUAUGGAGUUAGCACUACAGGUCAACAGACGCCAUAUGGAACUGGCACUACAGGUCAACAAACACCGUAUGGUGGCGUAACAAGUACAACAGGGCAACAAACACCGUAUGGUGGCGUAACAGGUACAACAGGGCAACAAACACCGUUUGGUGGCGUAACAGGUACAACAGGGCAACAAACACCGUAUGGUACCGGCACGAUGGGACAACAAAUACCUUUUCCCCGUACUACGGCAGAAUUACCAUAUGGAAAUGGUAAUGUCAGGCAACAAGUACCAUAUGGUACUGGCACAACGGGACAACAAAUACCAUAUGGUACAGGUACUACAGGGCAACAAACACCAUAUGGUACUGGUGGUACAGGUGCACCAGUACAACAACCAUAUGGGACUGGGAACACUGUAGGACAACAAACUCCAUAUAACACUGGAAGUAUAGAUUCAUAUUCAAGAGGACCAACAGGACAACAAGUACCCAACGGGCAAAAUACUUAUUCAUAUAACGGGGGUAAUACAGACGCUCAAAAUAAUUUACAAUAUGGCCAAAAUCAGGGAAAAGGAUACGACGAUCAAAGGUACACGGGUCAAGGCAUAGAUCGCACUGGAGAACCACAAAAUGUUUUAGAUCCUAAUUCUGUAGUGCCAGAUGACGAUGACUCUCAAGCUGAAGCCGGUGUUUCGCAAGGUGUAAAUGGAACUACAGCUAUUGCAUCCUCUAAUGGUGGAAGCAAAAAAGGCCGUGCAGAAACGAAUGUACAAGGUACAUAUACGGGUACUGGAUCAUUUUCAGCACAAGCUGCAAUCAGUGAUGAUAAUAAAGGAGCAGAGAGUCAAGUUUCGGGAAGCAAAAAGGGAGCUACUAGUAAUGCCGUGGGCAGGGGAAGAAAAAACAAAUCACAAGCUGCCGUUAAACUGGGUUCUGAGACAGGUUCCAUACAGACAGAUUCACAAAGCAGUGGAGUCAUGCAUUCCUCUAAUACUCAAGUGCAAGGCAGUCUAAAAGGAGGGGUUGCUGACGCACAAGCUCGAGGUCCAGGCAGUACCUCAUCACAGGCUCAAAUUGGUUUCACACCUUAUAAAGAUGGAGAUAAGUCACAUGAUCGUAUUAAAAUGCCCUUUGAGGGAGGUGGUACAGCUUCAGCACAUUCAAGUGGUCGAAUGGGCACAUCACAAUCACAAUUAAAAGGCACUUUCAAAUACGGUAUAACUUACAAUGGGGCUGCUCAGGCUGGAGCAAGUUUGGACAAAGAUGCUGUAUUUUCUAAUCUACAGCCUUUUGAUAAAAUAGAUGUUUUUAACAAAAACGAUACAAAUAUAGAUAUUUAUAAUACCGAAAAUGAAGAUUCGUCAACCCAACCCUUUGAUGUCGAUUUGUCAACAGAAAGAACUAUCGAGGAAUCUUUCAAAACAUCAGAGGUGAGGCAUUCAGAUCACAGUCAUUCUGAUCAUCACAAAACUGAACCAGCAAACACUACUAAUGGCCCAUCUCUUGUCGGUAACAGACGCGCUUUUCCAUCGUCUUAUGGUAACAAUGGCGAUUACGAGUAUAAUAUAGACGACAAUCCACCAGAAGAAUAUGACAUUGACGAUGUAGCGGACGGCAAUGAUGCUGGACAAACGGAACAAGGGGAGUAUAGUGUUUACGAUAAUUACGCCCGAGAAUCAGAUACAACACAUGAAUCUCUAAAUAGUCCAAGUCCUAAAGGUUUUAAUGUACGCCAGACUACUGGCAGUAAUACGCAACAUAUAUUGAUAGGCUCGUUAAAAAAUCAAGACGCAAAAAUAACUCAAGUUAAAUCCGAACGACCUGACGAAAGCAAAAUAUACCAGCCUGGAGAAAGAGUACCCGGUACGGGAGGAUACGUAAUACCAGUAGGAUUUACUGGUAGUGUAAAAUCUGUUGCAUCUAAAGACAAAACGUAUGCUGUAGGUUCUAGAGGUUCUCCAUCACAAGCUCAAACAGUAACGCUCACACCGGGUACAGGUAAAAUAAAAUAUACAUACCCUGAUCGAUACAGCAAAAGUGUACAUCCUAAAGACUUAAGAUCUCUCUAUAAUUCUAAACCAGUUGACAAUCGUUAUGUCUCAGUUUCAAAGUCAGUAACACGCGAUCUGGAUAGUGAAAACAAUAUCCGUAAACAAUACUCCCAUACUUAUUACACAAAAUCAUCCUCUUGUGGAUAUUUUACCUUUACAUGUACAAUGGUAAGCAGUUCAGAAGGUAAAAAAAAAGUGUGCAAGCCUAAAAUUCCUACAAAUCCUGAUGGAACACCAAUACGAUGCUAACGUUUAAGUAUUUACUUAGUUUCGUUUAUUGCUAGAUAUAAUAAUGUUGUUUUAUUCACAACUAUAAUUAAAUUGUUAUUGGUACCGUCUAAAUUAGAAGCGUCUGUUUGUUGUCAUAGAAAAUUGUAUAUAAUUGUUAAGUAAUAAAAGCUUUUACUCGUAUUAGCCUUAUUUUAAUAUGUAUCCAACAGUUCUAUCACGUCAAAUCUUCAUUACUCCACGUAAGUUACGAAGACUUGCACUUCUGCUCAUUACCGUUUCCAAAUAUUAAGGAUAGAAGGAUGGAAAGUAAAACUAAAAUAAUUGAAAUACAUAAUAAAUAGAAUUGAUAUAUUUUAUUUGAAAUGAUCAAGGUAUACUGUUUUAAAAUACAAUAUAAUCAUCACAUUGACAGAUAAGAACAAACAUUUAAACAAUUAUUGCAAAUCUAGAACACUUUCUAAUAAAUGUAAAGUAAAAUGUGCUCAUAUAUCUAAAAGUAUCUAUGAACUAAAUAAAGAUAGUCACUGAAACAAAAUACAUGUAUUUUCUAGCCACAUACCGGCUACAAAUUUGAAAACAAUACAUUUCUUUAUUGUAUUCUAUUUUCUUUCCCUUAUAUAAUAUGAAUAUGAAUUUCGAUUUACUAGUUAAAUAAAUUUAACGUUUCGUUUUGAUUCAGUGACAAUCUUUACAAAUUUUGACUACAAAAUCAUUAAUUGAUCAUAAAUAUGUAAACUCAAUACGUGUAUAAAUUAAGUCGCAAUAGUACCAUUCAUAGUAAAAUAUCAUGAAAAUAAAGUCGGUGGGAAUGUAAACUGUCUUUUUCUAAAUAAAAGAAAAAAUAUUAAAAUAUAGCUAUCCAAACCACUGAAAUAAAGAGAUUAUACUAUUACAAUGGUCAAAAUACAGGUCCAAGAGAUCUAUUGUUUCAUUGUAAAUUAAUUAUGACAAGACGUGCUUGGUGAAUGUGGCAACAAUGUACAAAAUAGUGUUUUUAUGUAGAUAUUAAUAUUAAUAUCUACAUUAAUAUUUGUGUCUAAAUGUACAAAAAAAUAUCAACGUUCACAUAUUUAUAGAAGCCGACUAAAAUAACAUACAAAAAUGUACUAUAUUUUUUCUAUAUUAGAAAACUAAUAAUAAGCAAUAGAAAACAACUGUUUAUUG